AUGGAAAAAAAAGACCCGAUGCCGCUAAACCAGAGCCCUACUCGAACCUUGGCUUUGAGCAUUUCCGGUGCAACACCAGCGGCGGCUUCGGACCUCGUGACGGUUCAUUCUCUGCCAGACUCGAAAACCCCGGGUCUUGACACAAGGGCUCAGCCUCGUCUCGGCAAGGCUAUCAAAGACAUCCUCGAUGCCCAAGGACUCGUUGCCGCCGCCAUGCUCUCCAAGCUCUUCUUCACGGCGGUAAAGCUCGCCCUGCCGUCAUCGCAUCCGUACCGACCCUUGAGCCAGGAUGACGAUGGCGAGAACCCAAACGAUGGCGAGAGGCCAGAUGAGCCCUCCCAAGUAUCCGAUGCGCAGCCCAAGGUUCAUCGAGAUGCGGCGGCCAUGAUGCUCAUCAAGCUUGGCCGUUCGCCAGACGAGCUCAUCACCGUUUCCCCGGCCGACGAUGCCCGUAUCCUUGGUCGCAUCGAUCUCGCCCUUCUUCCGCUCAUGCUGUCCGUGUACUUUCUCCAGGCCCUCGACAAAGCUACUCUGUCAUAUGCGUCCAUCUUUGGCCUCAUAGACGACACGGGCUUGGUGGGCGACGAGUUCUCGUGGCUGGCUAGCAUUGUUUACUUGGCGCAGCUCAUUAUGCAGCUGCCCUUGGCAUGGGCCUUGGUCAAGCUGCCGAUCGGCAAAUUCACGAGUGCCAUGGUUCUUGCAUGGGGAAUCACCUUGGUAGGAAUGACAUGGGCACACACUUUUGGACAACUCAUGGCCGCUCGUUUCUUUUUGGGUGCUUUUGAAGCUUGCGUUGGGCCAGCCUUUGUUGCUAUAACCCAGAUGUGGUGGAGGCGAAGAGAGCAAACUAUGAGGAUUGGGUCUUGGUAUUGCAUGAACGGUUUAACCUGGGUGAUCAUUUUUCUUUUCUUUGGUGCCAUCACAGUUGCGGUAUCUGGCGCCAUGUUCUUUUGGAUGCCGGAUUCUCCUACUGAAGCAAAGUUUCUCAGCGAUGAAGACAAGAUCCUUGCUAUAGAGCGACUUCGAAACAACCAGAUGGGAGUUAUGUCGCGAGAAUUCAGAUACGCUCACUUCUUCGAGACCUUGCGAGAUCCCAAAACCUGGCUGUGGGUAAUCAUGAUCUUUUGCAUCUCAGUACCUUCAAACGGUAUAUCAACGUUUGGACCUCUCAUUAUCAAGUCUUUUGUGACGGACCCUUACGGAACAAUACUGUUCAACGUCCCAGUGGGGCUGUCGCAUGUCUUGGUCGUUUCAUUGAGUGCGUACGCAUCAAUGAAGUGGAAGCUCAAGGGGCCGGUUAUUGCUCUCUUGUGUAUCCCUCCCAUCAUCGGGUUUUCAAUUUUGCUGCACUAUCCACACGAUGUAGAGCAUAGAGGAGUUUUGCUCGCCGGAUAUUUCUGUCUUUCCACAUUUACAGGCAUCACACCGCUCAUCUACUCAUGGUCUGCACAGAAUACAGCUGGAGAUACCAAACGUAAAUGUACCUCGGCGCUGGUGUUUAUUGGUUCGUCUGCUGGAAAUAUCGUCGGGCCCUUGCUUUUCACACCCGACGAGGCUCCAUCAUAUUCAAGAGGCUUACAGGCCAACAUUGUGUUUUUCGCCAUGGUUGUCUUAUUCGUUGGCAUUGCGUCGCUGUACCUGAAAUUUCUCAAUUUCGAUCAUGCUAAGAGAAGAGUGGCACUAGGAAAGAGUGCGGUCAUUCUAGACAUGAGUUUGGAGACGGCAGAAGAGGUAGAGCGCAUGGAGGCGUUGGAGCAAGCGAUGCGAGAGGGAACCCAGAGACUUUCUGAAGAGAACGGAGAUACCCGCCUAGGAGGCGACGAAGCGAAUGGAGUGCAGUCGGAUGAUGUCAAAGGACGAAAGGCUUUUGCGGACAUUACCGACCUCGAAAAUGAGGACUUUGUCUUUGUGUUUUGA